UCCAACUGGGCAAUGGAUUGAUUUUGACAAAGCGUGAAGCUACAGUUAACCUUUCACAUCGGAGGUCUGCAGCAAUACAUGAGAAACACUGAAGAGUUGAUUUUAUUUUUAGGAGAAGAUGGCCAUAGUUUCAAUUUACAUCUGUGUUUCAUGGGAUCAUCAACAUGUUUUCAUUGUUUGUUUGUUUGUUUUUGCUUUAUACUCAACACAAAGGUUUGUCGAGGUCCACUUGCUCGUGUUGUAUAAUUUCCUCCAGUCCUGUUCGCUAGUUACGGCCUGUCGCUUGUGUUCCAUCAUCCAGCCGUUCUCUCCCGGUCGGGAACCGCACUAACGAGCUCCUCCUCCUCCUCGAUUUGGGGAUUUACCCCGGGGCGCACUGACCACUGGACGCACCAAGAAGGUUCCAAGGAUUAGUGCCAUGUAGACGCCGGGGGACGUCAGGGUUUUGUGUUCAGGAGCCAAAAGCACCAUUGGAGCUCACACUCGGAGAGGACUUCUACCUCAAUGUCAACACAAGUCACUUCUCCCAUGGACCACUAUGCACCUCUAGACUACAACAGGUAUUAGAGUGAGGUGACUCCAACCCUAUAUUGUUUCUGCUGAGCCGGUGCAUGCUGUUGACAAUGACUGUCACCUACACGGCCAGAGUUGCAAACGCUCGCUUCUGUGGUUUCUCCAAGCUGCUUUUGGCUUGGAAAGGCAGUAUCUACAAAGUGUUGUAUAAGGAGUUCCUGGCUUUCUUCGCCAUGUACACGGCCAUCAGUAUCACAUACAGAUUUUUCCUGCCUGAUGAUGAGAAAAGGUAUUUUGAGAAGCUGGCAAUUUAUUGCAACCACUAUGCCAGUCUCAUCCCAAUGUCCUUUGUACUGGGUUUCUACGUGACCCUGGUGGUGAACCGGUGGUGGAACCAGUACACGAGCAUCCCGCUUCCCGAUCGGCUCAUGUGUGUCCUCUCGGGGGGCCUCCAGGGAAAUGACGAGCGAGGCCGCCUGCUCAGACGCACCAUGAUGCGUUAUGCCAGUCUGUCAGCCCUGCUCAUCCUCAGAUCUGUCAGCACAGCUGUCUUCAAGCGUUUCCCCACCAUGGAUCACGUGGUGGAGGCUGGAUUCAUGACUAGAGAGGAGCGGAAGAACUUUGAAGGCCUCCACUCUCCUUACAACAAAUACUGGAUCCCUUGUGUGUGGUUCACCAAUCUGGCUGCUGUGGCCCGCUGCGAAGGCCGCAUCAAAGAUGAUCACAUGCUCAAGCUGCUGCUGGAGGAGCUGAAUGUGUUCAGGGGGAAAUGCGGCAUGCUGUUUCAUUAUGACAUGAUCAGUGUUCCACUGGUCUAUACUCAGGUAGUCACUUUAGCUGUGUACAGUUUUUUCCUGGUAUGUCUGAUUGGUCGCCAGUUCCUGGAUCCUAAUCAAGGUUAUCCAGGCCAUGACCUUGACCUCUACAUUCCCAUCUUCACCCUGCUGCAGUUUUUCUUUUAUGCCGGGUGGCUCAAGGUUGCAGAGCAGCUGAUCAACCCUUUUGGAGAAGAUGACGAUGAUUUUGAGACAAACUGGUUGAUUGACAGAAAUUUCCAGGUGUCCAUGAUGGCGGUGGAUGAGAUGUAUGGCGAUCUGCCUAGGAUGGAACGGGAUCGCUACUGGAACGACUCCAACCCAAGACCACCUUAUACAGCUGCAACUCUUUUUGUCCUGCGCAAACCCUCCUUCCAAGGGUCAACGUUUGACAUGGCGAUUCCCAAAGAGGAAAUGCACUUUCAGCCUCUAGAGGAGAUCGCUGAGAACAUGGAGGAGUCAGUCAGCCGUCACCCCAACAUGGCUCUCUUCAACCGGCUCCUUAAUGCGGCCCCCUCGCACACCGGCUUCAUGAGAGGAGCCCUGCGACGCACCUCAGCCCAGCUCCAGAGACUCUAUCAUUCACCCAGCAUCGACCAGUGCAUCAGCGAUGACGACGACAGCGAAAGUUGUAAAAUAGGUAAAGGGGGCUCUUUGCCAUCUGGGCUUGGGCAGGACACCCAAAGCACCGUGUGUAGUUUUCGGGAAGAGAAGAGCGCCAGAGUACCUCUGUUGGAGAUUCAGUUUGGGGCCGAGAAGGAGAAGCCACGGGGCAACUCUGACAUUAGCCAUGGGGAUGAGGACACUGAGACACAUGGGAGUGGUCUUGAAGAUGGCUACACAAGACAGGAGGUAGGAGAGAAAGCAGAGUUCCCAUCUCCUGUGUUAUGCCUUCCUCCUCCCCCUCAGCACUCUAGAGAGACUCGACCAGCCUCCGCCAUUCCCAUCACCUUCCAUCACCCCUCUCCUUUCCCGUUUCACCUCACGUCCCAUUCCAGUCUGGAGCACUGCAGCUCGCAGCCUGUGAUCAACCACCACAAAGCUGUGCCCUCCAUUCUUAAUCCUUCUUUAGGUCAACACAAAACGUCCUUCCUCACUGUGCCAUCUUUGGAGCCCCAGCGCUUCCGGAGUGUCAGCAUGGGAUCAGAGCUGACUGGGACUUAGGCGCACAGCAGUUGGUCAUUUGACUAUAAUGCUGUAUUUAUCCAUCCAUCUUGUAUACCGCUUAUCCUCAUUCGAGUAGCGGGUGAGUUGGAGCCUAUCCUGGCUGACUUAACGUGACAGGCGGGGUACACCGUCUGGUGCUAUGGACACUCACAUUCACAAAUAAAGGACAGUUUAGAGUCUUCAAUGAACCUAACAUGCAUGUUUUUGGAAUGUGGGAGGAAGCCAGAGUACCCGGGGGAAAUCCAUGCAAUUGCAGGCCAUGCAAAAGAAAGAAGGAAAGAAAGAAAGAAAGAAACAAACAAACAAAAUAUUCUCCUGUGACACUGUCUUUUGGACUUAUACACAUUUUUUUAAGAUUAGACUGAAUGAUCAUUGAAAUGUAAAUACAGUAGAAUAUCUUUAACAUACAACCCCAAUUCCAAUGAAGUGGGGACGUUGUGUUAAACAUAAAUAAAAACAGAAUACAAUGAUUUGCAAAUCAUGUUCAACCUAUAUUUAAUUAUCAACGCGAUUGUUUUUAGCAAAUAAUCAUUAGCUUAGAAUUUCAUGGCUACAACACGUUCCAAAAAAGCUGGGACAGGGUCAUGUUUACCACUGUGUUACAUCACCUUUUCUUUUAACAACAUUCAAUAAACGUUUGGGAACUGAGGACACUAAUUGUUGAAGAUUUGUAGGUGGAAUUCUUUUCCAUUCUUGCUUGAUGUACAGCUUCAGCUGUUCAACAGUCCGGGGUCUCCGUUGUCGUAUUUUACGCUUCAUAAUGCGCCACACAUUUUCAAUGGGAGACAGGUCUGGACUGCAGGCAGGCUAGUUAGUACCCGCACUAUUUUACUACAAAGUCACACUGUUGUAACACGUGCAGAAUGUGGUUUGGCAUUCUUUUGCUGAAAUAAGCAGGGGCGUCCAUGAAAAAGAAAUUGCUUGGAUGGCAGCAUAUGUUUCUCCAAAACCUGUAUGUACCUUUCAGCAUUAAUGAUGCCUUCACAGAUGUGUAAAUUACCCAUGCCAUUGGCCACUAACACAGCCCCAUAACAUCACAGAUGCUGGCUUGUGACCUUUGCGUCCGUAACAGUCCGGAUAGUUCUUUUCCUCUUUGGCCCGGAGGACACGACGUCCACAAUUUCCAAAAACAAUUUGAAAUGUGGACUCGUCGGACCACAGAACACUUUUCCACUUUAUUCCAUGAUUAUUUGCUAAAAACAAUAAUGUUUAUCAGUUUGAACAUUAAAUAGCUUGUCUUUGAAGUGUAUUCAAUUAAAUAUAGGUCGAACAUGAUUUGCAAAUCAUUGUAUUCUGUUUUUAUUUAUGUUUAACACAAUGUCCCGACUUCAUUGGAAUUGGGGUUGUACAAUUUGCAAUAAUCAUAUAACUUGGAGUAAGGUAGAGUAAACAAAUGUCAUCACGUUUAGAUGGUCAAAUUUGCCUCCGUUGGAAAAAAGUGUUUGACAUUUACUGUGUUACUGUCUUUACUGUUUGCUAUAUAUUGUUAAUAUGUUAUAUAUGUCACUAUAUUAUGUCUACUAUAUUAUAUUAGUUUUGUAAAAGAAGGCAGCAUGGUGCUAUGAGACAAAACAUUUGUUAUUCAUUUCUUUUCAUCUACAGUAUGUUUGCAACCAGUGUUGCAGUCCCCUCUUGUAAAACUACUGGAACCACAACAUGAUAAGGCUGAUGUGAAUAAGCACUUUUUGUACUAAACUUUAACAAACACUACCUCUGUAAAGUAUUGAAAUGACAGUAAGAGGUUAUUUUAUGACUCUAAAGAAGGCAUGCACAUACAGUAGAAUUAUUUUGAUGUUUUAUUUCUUCCAGAUUAUAUAACAUAUAGUUAAUGAAGUGAAUAAACUUAAACUAUCGACAGUCAUUUUGCAUCGUUUCCCACGAUACAUUUUAGAACAAUUUAUUUAUAGCAUGUGGUGCAUUUCUUUUCAUAACAACACAGCC